AAACAAUCUGUAUCUCUGCUCUCUACAAGGUUUGUCAAAAAAGGAAAAAAAAAAAAGAAAUACUACCAAGUUCUUACAUUUGGAUUUCCAUCUUUGCCCCUAAUAAGAAUCUCUAAUUCCCUCGUUGUUGACGCUUUCAUCCCGUUUUCUAUUCCAAUACUCUCUCUCCUUCGCUGCCGUCUGCAACAACUUAACCAGAAAGCUCACCGUUGACGGCCCUGCGAUGCCGGAACUUUAAUCCCAACCGAAUUCGGAUCCGAUCCAGGGGCUUUAAUUGGAGCUGUAAAACGAAAAGGAAAAACGAGGUUUCGACGCAGAGUAAUUGAAUAGACAAUGAUGACUCGGUCGUCGUCGUCGUCGUCUCUGUCGCCGGCGGCGGCGGCUACGACUCAAAUCAAUAUCGCCGCAAGCGCUAAGAAACUUGAUGUGAACCAUCGAAUUCCUCUUCGAAUUUACUUUCGCACUGCGGAUAAUGUUCUCAGGAAGGCAGACAUUUUCCGGCAGGAGGAUGAUAUUAUUGAUCAGUAUGUUACGCUCCUAAGGUUUUCAAGUCUGGCCAUGGAGACAAUUCCACGACAUCGUGAAUAUAGGACAGCUUUGCAGAGUGACAAGAAUUACUUGAAAAAGAAAUUGUUGAAUGUCCUUUCAGAGCUUGAGGAACUCCAGCCAGUUGUCCAAAGAAGGAUUGAGGAUUUGAAUAGACAACGCUUGCAAGUGAAUAACAGGGGUUAUCAACCUCAUCAUCAGUCAUCAAAUAUCUAUCCUCCUGCUAAACAGCUAAGUUCAGCUUUUGCUGCAACUCAGAUGUCACCUUAUGUUUCUCGCCAAUACAACUUUGAAGCUCCAAGAAGUCAACAAUUCCCUCUUGUGAAGCCGUUUGAGGAGCAAUUUCGCCAAAUAAACUUAAAUAUCCCUCGUCCGAGGGAGGAAACUCUAGCAAGACACUCAAUUUUCGGUCCUAAUGGACUUCAUGGACAGUGGCAGCCUCCACCUAGCAUUGUAGGGGUGCGGUAUCCAAGUAAUAUUGAUUUCUCUCCUGUCAAUAUUCCAAGUGCAAGAGAAGAUAGUGCCCAGAAGCCUCUGGAGGAUGGAAAUUCGGUUAAAAAUGGCAAGGAAACAAUUGGAGCGUUGAAAGUGGAAUCAUUAGAGUUAGAAAUCAAGGAGAAUAAAAUUCCUAAAGUCGAAGAACCGGCUUCUUUGAUCUCCUUUGAAACAGUAGAAAGCCCUGUGGAAACUGAGGUUAUUAGACAGCCUUCUCCCCCUCCUGUUCUGGCUGAGGUACAAGAUUUGGUUCCAUCUACUCCAGUUGCUGAGGGAGGAUUGGGAUUGGAAUGUUCUCCCCCUAAUGACCCAGUUUCUGUUGAAGCUCCACUAGAACUACACAUUUCAACUGCGUUGAUGGACAGCUUUAUGAGGAUGGCUAAGUCAAAUACAAACAAGAAUUUGGAGACUUGUGGAGUUCUUGCUGGUUCAUUGAAAAACCGUAGAUUUAGUGUUACCGCUCUUAUCAUCCCUAAGCAGGAGUCGACAUCAGAUUCAGUUAGUUUUUGCAUGUGAUUUCCUUUCUAUUCAAUUUUUUUUUCCUGCAUAUUCUCAUUAUUUUUUUACUGGGGCAGUGUCAAACCACGAAUGAGGAAGAAAUAUUUGAGGUUCAGGAUAAGCAGGCUCUUUUUCCUUUAGGUUGGAUUCAUACACAUCCGACACAGUCGUGUUUCAUGUCAUCAAUUGAUGUUCACACGCAAUACUCGUAUCAGGUUUCAGAUAUUCUUCUUUAAUAUAACUUCUGUAAUUUUUAAAAUUCUGAUCUAGAUUCUGCUUCCUAUUGGUUUUAAUGUGUAAACUACCAAGUCUGGCACCACCUUUUCAUGUUUAAGUUUUCUUUGGUUGUUAACAUGUUGCUCGUUUAAUUCCCCAACCACUUCAUAAAGCAAAAGUAUUGGGAAGUAAAAACAGAUUUACAUUUGUUCUAGACUUCAAGUCGACAGGGUUUAAGGUCCGUUAGAAUAUUAUGUUGCAUUUGUAGAGGCCUACUGAGGACUAACUUACUGAAGAACGAAGAUGAUUUAAGUUAACAGGGGAGCAGUUUGUGACUAAAGCUAGCUAUUGUGCUCUAGUCUUAGUUUCAAGUCUUACCUACUUCAGUUCACUUGUAAGUUUAAUUUAUCUUAUCUAUUAGAUUUAAAGUUUGGUGUUGUAAAACUUUUAACACGUGUGCGAAGUGGGUAAUACACGACUAAUAACUACUUCAAUGUAUACCUGUAGAAAACUAAUUGAACACGUGGGACAAACUUUUUGAUAACCAGCUCAAAGUUAAGUAUCCAAGGUGGCUUUUAAUCAGGACCAAAUGAACAACGAAGAAUUGCACGACUUCCAUGCAUGCGGCUAUUGUUUUUGUUGGCCUUUUUU